CUUGCAAAUAUUGUUGCACUGCCAUACAAUUAGUACUUACUUUUGACCAACUUCAUUUCCACAAAAUGCCUGAUGAUACACCUCGUAGUGUGUCCGGAGAACUUGAUCCAGACUCUGAUAUCGAGUCCCAUCUCGAUCACGGUGAUGAACUUGGGGCAGGGGAGCCGAAUAAACCUGGCAGGAAAAAAAAUCCAAACUCGCAGGCAGCGCGUCGGGACCAAAAUCGUAUCGCCCAGCGUGAGUUUCGCUUAAGGAAGCAGCAAAGGAUUCGUGACCUCGAAGCACGCGUUGAAUUGCUUUCUGCGUCCCAAGAUGAAGCUCUGACUGACUGCAGAGCAAUUCUUAGGGACCUUAUGACCGAAAAUCACGUUCUUCGCGGCCUCCUAAAGAGCGUAUCGGGAUUUAUCGGUGAUGGUGCCGGUGGUAUGCUAGUGAAGCUUGGUUGGGAUAUGGCAGACUUCGACAGCUUCGUCAAUAAGGCAGAAACGGACACUGCAUGGGAGAGUUUCCAAGCCCGAAAACAUUCUCUCAAGACUUCGCAAACAUCAAAUGCCAUGAGUUCAAUGCUUGGCGCGCCGAAUAACACAGGAAGCGCCCAUCAGACGAUGACAAAAGCGAGAGGUAUGAGUAACUCAGAGCAAAACGGUGACCGUCGGGAUUCUUACCCACUCAUGCUACCCAUGAGCUCCGCGGACAAUAUGUUUUCGGAUCUCAUGCAGUCAGGGAAUUCGCCUGUCUUCAUGCCCACUACGACGUCUAGUACACCGAGUCAUUAUGCUGCCUCUGAUUUUCAACCUUAUGUAUCCCAAAUGAACAUGAAUGUCGAGCAACGUUUAGGGGCAAUGUCCUACUCCACGAACAAAACGAAUACGGCUGUCCCUCUUCCGCAGCGGGUUCUACCUCAGAAGUCGUCAACUGAAGAGCCUGACGAUCACGAUAUGGCAGAACUGCGAGAUCCCAAAAAGAUCGAGGCUAUGAAAUUAAUCAAAUAUCACCUCGACAAUUUCAUGAGAAAUAGUGCUUAUUGUCUUCCACCUUCAUUACGACCAACUCUGGUGCAGAGUGUCAUUGACCGUCUUAUAUAUCCUGAGCUCCGAGACCGUAUCAUCCUUCUUCGAGGACAAAUUUCGUUAGCGGACUGUCUUUUUGACUACAAGAAGGCAAUCAAACUUCAUGGAGAUGAUGUUCUUGCCCAACAUAACUGGGAACUUGCUGAGUGGUGGUUACGGAAAUACAGUUACCUCGUCGAUAAGGUAACCUUGAAUGUGUGUAAUCGCUGGAGGCGCGAGCGCGGCGAACCCGAUUUGUUGCUGUCUGAUAUUGGUGCUCAAGUGGAUUCUCCCCCGUCGUAAGACUGAUGUGGUUUCAAGCCAAAGCCU